AAAAUAAAAAAAUAAUUUGGAGCGAGCACAGAUUCGCAAAGAAAACUCCGCUGCCGUGCCUCGCUCUACUCUCUUUCCAUCCCUCUGACAAAGAGAAACCAAUCGUGCACAGUUCGGCUUUCUGUUGGUGUUUUGAUCGUUGGUUUAUAGCUCUUGGUAUGUAUACCUGUUUCGGCUCUGCGAGAAUUAUGGCUUGGCUUCUUUGUUCCGUUUGCUGCACAUGCUCUUUUGCGGGAUGUCGGGUGUACGUCAUGGGUAUACCGACCUGGCCGGAGUACAUCAGCGUAGCAUCUUGUUCGCAGCCUUUGUGACGGAAUUGAACGGCGGCUAACGAUCUUAUUGAUAUCAGUCUUAGAGAGAACUUAUUUGUGAAAUCAGUGGCUGAAAUACUCGCUGUCAUCAACCCAGAACAAAUCACUACUACCCACAAUGGCUCCCACCCCGAGCCCUGUCUCAAUCACGACCGCGCCCCCGUCGGUAUGGGCCCGUGUCUCGAAAUUCGUUUCCGAAAAUAAGGCGCUCGUGUAUGGCUUGUCGGCUGCCACUUUCCUUGUCGUCGGAGGCGCUGGCGCGUACUACGUGAUGUACAGCGACAAGCCUGGUGCGCCGCCUGCGUCGUCGCCGUCGCCGUCGCCUUCGGCUGAGAGUGAAAAGUCUGCAGAGACCAAGGCUGUUUCUGACAAGAAGCGCAAGAAAGAUAAGAAGAAAGCAAAGAAGGAGAGAGAGAAGGCUGAAGCUAAAAACGCUACCGAGGAGAAGGAAAAGGGUGUGUCCACAGGCGCCACUGAGAGCUCGAGCAGCUUGCCUGCGAUACCAUCUGAUCUCUCGGGCCUUUCAGAGGAGACUUUGAACGACUACUCACUCCAGUACAAAACUGCCGGAAACGCAGAGUUCAAGGCCAAGAACUACGAGCAGGCUAUUGAUCUCUACACCAAGGCUAUCUCGCUCAAGAAGGAUGCGGUCUACUACAACAACAGAGCUGCGUGCUACAACGCUCUCGAGCAGUACGAGAAGGCCGUCGAGGAUGCGUCCAAGGCGCUCGAGCUUGACAGCCUCUACCUCAAGGCGUUGACCCGUCGCGCGCAGGCUUACGAGAAGCUCGGCAACUUCCACGAGUCUGUUCUCGACUACACUGCAGCGGCGCUCUUGUCUGGAACCCCGAACGAUCCCAUCGGCAAGUCGAUUGACCGAAUGCUGAUGCAGUGCGGCGAGGAGCGGGCUAAGGGUCUGCUGCAAAACAAGACGAAGAGCCUUCCGUCGAUCUCGUUUGUGACUGCGUACAUUGACUCGUUCCACAAGCGGGAGACGCCCGAAUCGAUUACCGGCGCUGCCGAGGGAUCCGGAAACGCGUACCUCAAGCAGGCGAUCGAGGCCUCUGAGAAGAAGACGCUCGCGGGCCAUUACGAGGCCUUGGAGCUUGUAAAUAAAGCUAUCGACGCUGAGGCGGAGGAUCUGGCCUGGGCUUUGGACAUGCGCGGAACGUUCAAGUUUUUGAUGGCUGACAACGAAGGCGCGCUUACUGAUCUCACCGAGAGCAUCAAGAUUGCGCCGUCGGUGUCUGCGCUGAUCAAGCGCGCUAUGCUGCUGAUUGAGCUCGGCGACCCGGCAAAGUCGAACCAGGACUUUGAUACCGCAGUCGCUGUCAACCCCGAGGAUCCGGAUAUCUACUACCACCGAGGACAGGUGCACUUCUUGCUCGGAGAAUACGACGACGCGGCGAAGGACUACCAGAAGGCGAUUGACCUCGACAAGGAGUUUAUGUCUGCGCACGUUCAGCUUGCGGUGACACAAUACAAGCUCGGAGCCGUGAUCCAGGCGAUGACGAACUUCAAGAAAUGCACAAAGAACUUCCCCGAGGCGCCGGAUGUGUUUAACUACUACGGCGAGCUGUUGAUGGAUAACCAGAAGUUGGGCGAUGCGGUCGAGAUGUUUGAUCGUGCUUUCGAGCUGGAAAAGAAGCGCAAGAGCUCGGACUACAAUGUUCUGCCUUUGAUCAACAAGGCGUAUAUUCUGUGGACUUUUAAGCAGGGAACUGUUGAGGAUGCUGAGAAGCUGUUGAAGACUGCCCUUGAGCUUGACCCCCAGAGUGAUCUUGCGGUCGGCACGCUCGCGCAGCUGAUGAUGACGCAGAACAGGAUGGAGGAAGCGCUGGGCUACUUUGAGAAGCAGCUCGAGCUUUCGCGAACCGAGAACGAGAUCAUGCAGGCGGCGUCGUACGUGGAGGCCGUGAAUGUGCAGAUCAAGUUGCUGGAUAGAUAUCCGCUGAUCAAGGAGCGCUUGCAACAGCAGCAGCAGGCGAUGUCUAUGCAGAUGUGAUUUACUGAGUCUGCUGGAUGAUUAAAAGAAGAUCUUUGACUCUGAGGUGAAUAAAAGAUAUGGUAGGAAUAAAUUUAUAUUCUAAAUAUAUUGCAAAAAAUUGACAGGAGUAUAUAUGCUGAUGCGUGUAGUGAUUUGUACAUUUUGGAUCUGUAGUUUUGCUUAAAGGCUGAGUUAAAGAUAGAAAAUCUGUGAAAAAAAAAAGGAAACCAGCAAAUGUACGAUUUCACCAUUAUUGAUGUGACUGGGUUGUUUAUGUAUUGUUAUUGUGUCUUUCAUUUGCUUGUACAGUGUCCUUCAAUAAACCUCUCUAAUCUCUAU